AUGAACACUGGCAAUUCCGCACCGCAGGUAUCGGGUCAGCCAACUACGGAUCCAUCAACUGCUGUCCCAACUCCAUCAUCGCGCGUCCUCUUCGGUGUGCAAGGCUCGCGAUGGUCUCUUGAAAUCGAACAAAUCGACAUUACAGCUGCACUGAAUGAUCCCGCUUUUUUCCGCGAGCUCAAAAUACGGUACAAGAAGCAUCGAAACUGGAUCAAACGGCUCAUAUCACCAUUUCGCUUUCGAUUCUGCAGAUUUGUCAAGCUGGAAAAGUUCGAUGCUGGGCGCGUCCUGUCUCAAGGCGACGGCCUACCCGACUACCCGAAGUUCGAAAAUGACUACGAAUAUGCCCCGAAACCAGGUACAGUUCCCAUGAUAUCCCCCAAGACAUUUGCAGUCUGUCUCAAAGCCUGCGACAUGAACUGCAAAUGGCCAUUGGUCAACCCAUGGCAUGACUGUAAAAGCGAGUUCGAUAUACGAUCCGACGCCAUCGCGGUCGCCUGGGGACUGGAGGCCGAUCACGCAAUCUCCUUCGCUUUCAUGGCAGUCUAUCACCUCGUGCCAUUACUUGCCGCAUUCGGCUUCUGGAUCUAUUGGCUGAUCAAGUUUCCCGGUGACUGGCAGAACGCUGCAGUGCCAGUGCUGACUGUAUUGGCAAUCUUUGCAGUAUUAUGGGUGCCUUUUGGCAAACAUCUGGGAACAGUCUAG